AUGUACAUAGACGCAGACACAUGUACAGAUACACACAUGUACAUACACACAGACACAUGUACAAAAACACACACAUACAAAUACACACACACAAAUGUACACACACAUACAAAUACACACACACACACACCCCUAUAAAAAGUUGCAGUACUUCUUACCUUCACUCACAGAGCCGGGUACUGCACUCUAGGGGGAGGCUGAGAGCACAGCACACACUCCUUCCUUUGCUUUCACUUUGCUCAACUAUUGAGCAGUCUGAUGGCUCCCCAGUGCGAGUGACAGAUCUGGCCCUGAGUUCCGAGCCU